AUGUCGACCGCCACUGCUUCUCAGACACCACCUCCAGCAGAGUUGAGAGAGAGAAGACCCUCUCCUGUGGACAAGCUCGACCCAGCUUUCGAACCUACCACACCUGAGAAGGAAGAAUCUCCCCUUAACAAGCUCGCUGGAGUACACAACAUCAAACCCACUUUCGAACCUUCUGACCGACAUAUCCCAGACAACUAUGUCACCUACACCAUUCAACACCAGAAAUACCUUCCUCCAGUAACAUGGAAAACCUUGCUUCAGAAUAUUCAAUGGAUUUCUUUCCUCGCUUUGACCAUUACCCCCUCCGUCGCUAUCUACGGUAUCUUCACUACUGCUUGGAACACCAAGACAGCAAUUUGGAGUGUGAUUUACUACUUCAUCACCGGUCUCGGUAUCACAGCAGGAUAUCAUCGACUUUGGGCUCACCGAGCAUACAAUGCCUCUGUCCCCUUGCAAUUCGCUUUAGCUCUUGCUGGUGCUGGUGCUGUGGAAGGAUCAAUCAAAUGGUGGUCAAGAGGACAUCGAGCUCACCACCGAUACACCGAUACUAAACUUGAUCCUUACUCGGCCCACGAAGGUUUCUGGCACUCCCACGUUGGAUGGAUGUUGGUAAAACCCAGAGGAAAGAUUGGUGUCGCCGAUGUAUCUGAUUUAUCAAGAAACAAGGUCGUCAGAUGGCAACACAAGAACUAUGUUCCUCUCAUCUUCACCAUGGGCUUCAUUGUUCCUACUGUUGUUGCUGGUCUCGGUUGGGGAGAUUGGUGGGGUGGAUUCUACUUUGCCGGUGCUGCUCGAUUGGUUUUUGUUCACCACUCUACCUUCUGUGUCAAUUCGCUUGCUCACUGGCUCGGUGAACAACCUUUCGACAACAAGCACACUCCAAGAGAUCACUUCAUCACUGCUCUUUGUACCGUUGGUGAAGGAUACCACAACUUCCACCAUCAAUUCCCCAUGGACUUCCGAAAUGCCAUCAAAUGGUACCAAUAUGAUCCUACGAAAUGGUUCAUCUGGACUAUGUCUCAAUUUAAACUCGCUUCUCACCUCAAGAGAUUCCCCGAUAACGAAAUCAAGAAAGGUCAAUACACGAUGAAACUCCAAGAACUCCAAGAGCAAGCCGAUAAACUUCAAUGGCCCAAAUCAUCCAACGAACUUCCCGUUAUCAGUUGGGACGAUUUCAAGGCUGAAUCGAAAGAACGAGCCUUGGUCGCUGUCCAUGGUUUCAUUCACGAUUGUUCUUCGUUCAUCGAGGAUCACCCAGGUGGUGCUCACUUGAUCAAGAGAGCUAUCGGUACCGACGCUACGACCGCUUUCUUCGGUGGUGUUUACGAUCACUCGAACGCCGCUCACAACAUGCUUGCUAUGAUGAGAGUCGGUAUAUUGGAUGGUGGUAUGGAAGUUGAACAUCUCAAGAGACGACCAGCCGAAUCCGUCGCUUCAUCUGUUACCAACUCGCCUGUGUCAUCUGCUUCCGCCUCGUCAGUGGAUAUCCAAUCAUUGGCUGAUCAAGAUGAAGACGAUCGAUUAUACCAAACUCAACUCAACUCACAGGGACCUCACCCUAAAGCACCCUUCGGUCAACCUCAAGCUCAAGUCGCCGAUCGAUGGACUCUAUCUGUACCUCCAAGUGAGAAAUGGAGAAUUGUCCCUACCGUCCCUGAGAUCCGACCUGGAUUGUUGGGCAGAUCUCACUCGCUCGAAAAGAUAACGAGGGCCGAUUCGCGAGGUGAAACUGCCGAGUUGAUUGGUGAGAAGGCUUAA